AUGGAUCUGCUACAAUUAGGAAUUCUGUUAAUAACAUGUAAACUUAUAGCCUCACAAGCAAUAUUUGAAUCUGACGUAAACAUACGAAUCGAUGCUGGAACAAGAACCUGCAUCUUCGAAAAGGGUCAAGCGGGUCAGAUCAUGGAGUUUUAUUAUCAAGUAUUGGAUGGACAGCAUGGCGAUUUAGAUAUAUCUGUUGAUGUCUUCGAUCCCAAGGGAAACAAAAUUAUUGCCGAACAUAAGAAGACACAAAACUCUAUUAUAAUGGACUUGGAAAACAGUGGAGAUUUCGUGUUUUGUUUAGACAAUACACAUAGCGUGAUGAAUUCCAAACUGGUGUAUUUUUACGUGGUGAUUGAAGAUAAAGAGAAAGACCAAGAAGCGACGGUCAGCGCGGUUGAUAAUAAUGGUCAAGAGCAUGAAGAGAGCAAGGUAGUCGAGUGGAUUGGAACCAAUGCAUAUGAUGAAGAGUAUACAAUGGAUGUAUCGAAAAUAAAUGAAUGUUUAAUGCGUGUCCUCAAUCACGUUGUGCGUGCUCGCCAUAUGUUAGACAUUUAUAGUGCAACAAAGACGAGAGAUAGCUACAUAGCAUUAGAAGAUACAUUUAUUGUCGAUGUUUGGUCUGCUUUUCAAAUCAUGUUCAUGGUUUGUGUAGGAAUGAUACAAGUGUAUAUGAUAAAGCGAUUGUUUGAUCGUCCGUGUUGCAUUUAAAUCAUUUUUUUACAUGUGCCAUACCAUUCAUUUGCUAUAAAUUGAAUUUAAAAUCAAGAAUACUAGGUACUAUUAAUAUAUAGUGAAUCUGAAUAAAUAAAUAUAAAGCUUGAUAUUACUAAUUAAUUUAUGUAGGUUUACAUCUACUGUAGACUUACAGUAAAUCGUCAUAGUGUAGGGUCAAUUAUUCUUGCCUUAAUGUACUACUUCUGUACCUACUGAGCUAUGGAAUAAGUAUGAACAAAAUGUUA